AUGGGGGAGCUCCGGGGCCCAGGGCGCCGUGCAGGCCAGGAGGCAGCCAGCUGCGAGCGGGGACCCAGCUCCGACGCGAGCGUGGCCUCUCCGGGCCUCAGUUUCCGCUUCUGGGAGGACCACCUCGGAAGACACAUCAUCACCUUCAGCUGCUGCCGGAUGCCCCCCUCCCACGAGCUCAACCACAGGCGUCUGCUGGAGUACCUGAAGCACACGCUGGACCAGUACGUGGACAGCGAUUACAGCAUCGUCUACUUCCACCACGGGCUCAGCAGCCGGAACAAGCCGUCGGCGGGCUGGCUCCAAGAUGCCUACAAGGAGUUCGACAGGAGGUACAAAAAGAACUUGAAGGUGCUGUAUGUCGUGCAUCCCACCAACUUCAUCAAAGUCCUGUGGACCGUCUUCAAACCCCUUGUCAGUCAUAAGUUUGGGAAAAAAGUCCUCUGUUUCAACUACUUGAGUGAGCUCCGCGAACGCCUCAGAUACGACCAGCUGAUCGUCCCCCCGGAGGUUCUGCGGCAUGACGAGAAGCUCCGGAAGGUGCACAAGGGCGAGGCCCCCCCUGCCGCCAAGAUGCCGCCGCCGCGGCCCCCUCUGCCCACCCAGCAGUUUGGCGUCAGUCUGCAGUACCUCAAGGACAAAAAUCAAGGUGAACUCAUCCCUCCCGUGCUGAGAUUCACAGUGACAUACCUAAGAGAGAAAGGACUCCGCACGGAGGGCCUGUUCCGGAGAUCAGCCAGUGUCCACACCAUCCGUGAGGUUCAGCGGCUGUACAAUCAAGGGAAACCCGUGAACUUUGAUGACUACGGGGACGUCCACGUCCCGGCCGUGAUCCUGAAGACCUUCCUGCGGGAGCUGCCACAGCCGCUGCUGACCUUCACGGCCUACGAGCAGAUCCUCGAGAUCACUGCCCCUCGGGAAGGACUCAGGAAGGACCCCUGCGCCCCUGCAGGUGUGGAGAGCAGCCUGCGGGUGACCCGCUGCCGCCAGAUCCUGCAGAGCCUCCCAGACCACAACUACACCGUGCUCGGCUACCUCAUGGGCUUCCUGCAUGAGGUGUCCCGGGACAGCAUCUUUAACAGAAUGACCAGCUCCAACCUGGCGUGUGUCUUCGGGCUGAACUUGAUCUGGCCGUCUCGGGGGGCAUCUUCCCUGAGCGCCCUCGUGCCCCUGAACGUGUUCACCGAGCUGCUGAUCGAGUUCUACGAGAAGGAAGAAAAACGAACCAACGGAAACCUGAAGACAUUUACAUGGCAAGCCACGCGGCACCGCACGGUCGGCGUCUAGAGUAACCAAUAUAGAAGACGUGUGUCUCGUAGCGCGCUUUGUUCGUCAAUAAAAGAAUAUAAAAAUCUUGUUCAA